AUCAUCUCUUCGUAAAGUGUAAUGCUUUAAGCUUAGUACAUAUAAACAAAUGGAAGGUGGCAUUAAGCAAACGUAUUACGAGAUUCUCGGUGUUGCCGUUGAUUCUUCGGCGGAGCAGAUACGACGUGCAUAUCACAAGCUUGCUAUGAGAUGGCAUCCUGACCGGUGGACAAAAGAUCCUUUUAGAUCUGGUGAAGCUAAACGAAGAUUUCAGCAGAUUCAAGAAGCUUAUUCAGUGUUGUCUGAUGAGAGGAAACGAAGCUUGUACGAUGUUGGACUCUAUGAUUCUGGAGAAGAUGAGGGAUACUUUGAUUUUGUUCAAGAGAUGGUUUCACUUAUGGCUCAGACUAGAAGAGAGGAAAAGCAAUAUAGCUUGGAGGAGUUGCAGACAAUGGUCGAUGACAUGGUCUAUGAGUUCCAAUCAGAACCAUUGUUCCAGAACCAGUCAAUGGGAAUGAAUUUCGACUUGAACCAACCGCCUGAUUGGCAUUCACAGAUGUCUCUACCGCUUUCAAGCUUUGAGUUCUAUCCGCAGAGCAGCUACUGAACAGAAUCUGAUAUCUGAAUCUUGCAUAUUUUUGAUUAGCAUCUCUAGGAGACUCGGACCCAUGGCUAGGGAAGAAUCACUGUCCCGGGUUUUUUUUUCAGCAGAUGGACAACUCUGGCUUAUAAAUCUCAACACUUCUGUGACUUCUGGUACAAGAAAUAGAGUCUGCUCUA